AUGAACAACAUCGGAACUAUAUUAUGUAAACAAGAAAAAUAUGAUGAAGCUCUUGAUUAUCAUCAGCAAGCACUCGAAUUACAAGAAAAAUAUGCAUCAUGCCAUAGUGACAUUACUAAGAGACUCAAUUACAUUGGUAACAUUCUCUUUGAAAAGGAAAAAUAUGAUGAAGCCUUGAAGUUUUAUCAACGUGUACUCGAAAAUCAAGAGAACUAUUAUCCACAUGAUCAUGUCGACAUUGUGACGACUCUCAAUAAUAUUGGCAUAACACUUCGUAAACAACAACAAUUCGAUGAAGCGAUUAAAUAUUAUCAAAAAGCGUUAGAAAUUCAAGAGAAAUAUUAUCCAUCAGGCAGUACUAUCAUAGCUAAUACCGUCAAUCGUAUUGGUCAUGCUUUGUACGACGAAAGAAAGUAUGAUGCAGCAAUUGACUUUUAUCGACGAGCACUUUCAAUACAAGAAUACCUUCAUCCUGAUGGUCACAUCCAGGUUUCUUAUACUCUUGGCUUCAUUGGUAACACUUUAUAUGAACAAAAGAAAUACGAUGAAGCUCUUGAAACUUAUCGAAAGACCUUGACUAUUCAAGAAAAACAUCAUAAAUGUCCUCAUGUCGGCAUCGCAAAGAGCCUAAACUCUAUGGGUAAUGUUCUAUAUAGUCAGGAGAAAUAUGAUGAAGCGAUUGAUUUUUAUCAACGAUCAUUAACUAUUCGAGAGCAAUUACAUCCAUUUGGUGAUGCUGGCAUUGCUACUGUUCUUAGCAAUAUUGGGAAUGCUCUGCAUGCACAAAUAAAGUAUGAUGAAGCUCUUGACUUCUAUCAACGAGCACUAACUGUUCGAGAGAAAUUCGGUGCAACUAAUCAUGUUGGCAUAGCUGAUAACUUGAUAAACGUCGGCAAUGUCCUUAGGGAUCAGGGAAAUUUCGAUGAAGCUAUUGAAUUCCAACAACGAGCAUUAACAAUCCUAGAAGAAAAGUACUCCUCUUGUCAUGAGAAAAUUGCGGAUAGCUUGAAUCGUAUCGGUCACAUUCACGUUGAUCAAAGAAAAUACAAUUUAGCUGUGGACUGUUAUCAACGUGCCAUAACAAUUCUUGAAAAGUGCUUUCCUUCAGGUCAUGUUGAUAUUGCUGAAAGUCUGCAAUGUAUCGGUAUCACCCUGCAUAUGGAAGGAAAGCAUGAUGAAGCCGUCGUUAUCUUUCAACGAGCACUGAUAAUCUACGAGCACUUUUAUCCAUCAGGUCAUGAAAAUCUUGCUCAAUGUCUAGUUUAUAUCGCUUAUGUAUUGAGUAAUCAAGAAAAAUAUGAUGAAGCUUUCAAUUUAUAUUAUCGAGCACUGACAUUCUACAAGAAAGAUUCAUCCAACCAUUUAGAUAUCACUAUUUGUCUGAACAAUAUAGCUCAAAAUUUCAAAGAUCAAAGCAAAUAUGAUGAGGCUCUUGACUUUCAACAACAAGCAUUGACAGUUCUCAAAAGCAGCUCGCCCAAUGAUCAAUUUAGUAUUGCUACUAAGCUCAAGGACAUCGGUAGUAUCCUGUUUCAGCAAACAAAAUAUGAUGAAUCUCUUGAUUUUUAUCAGCAAGCAUUAAUCAUAUUCGAAGAACAUAACCCCAAUAAUCAUAAUGAAAUUGCUGCUUGCCUAUCCUGGAUCGUUGCUAUCCUCGAUAGACAGCUCCAGUUCGAUCGCGCCAUUGAAUACUUGAAAAAAUGGUUAUUGGUUGUAGAAGCUAGUUCACCUUCAAAAGAUCUGUCCAUCACUAACGUAUUUACAUGGUUGUCACGGGUACAAAGAAGAAAAGAUCAACAUGAUCUUUCUCUUACAUAUGAACAGAAUUGUUUCUUGAUGCGUCUCAAACUGCUACCACCAGAUCAUGUGGAUAUUGGCAAUAGUUUAUCGACUAUAGGUGAAAUUUACGAAAAUCUUCAUAAACCUAUGUUAGCACUUAAUUACUAUCAACAAGCAUUAGUUAUCUACAGACAAUGUUUGAGUUCCUGGCAUUAUAAACUACGAGGUAUGGAAUUGAAUAUUGAACGACUUUCGGAAGAACUUGGAAUAGAACUCGAUGAAUCAAAUUGA